AUGCCGACAGAGCGCUCCGCUCACAAGAGGCCGUUUGCUGCCUGGGUCAAGCGUCUGACCAAUCUGCACCCGAGCAGCAAGAAAGCAAAGAAGGCCUCCCAGCUCAAGAACAACCCAUAUCCUCAGUCCGGCCGUCUUCAGCAGUGUCGCCACGAAUCCCUCAGCUCUCAAUCCGCCUCGGACAAUGCUAGCCUGAAUGUCCAUCACACGCCCAACUCGACCACUAGCAGAAACUCGUCUCUCUCGGCCCCUCCUGUCAACAGCAACCGCUCCCAGGCCAACACUGUCGCUACUAUCCCCGAGACCAUCGCUUCAGAUGGAGGCUACUUCAAGUCGUCGACCAACGGCCAAGGCGGUGCUCUGAGCUCAGUCGACGGCGCCGGUCCCAACAGCACCUUCUCCUCGCCGAACCAAUCUCAGCAGUCGCUCACCACUACUCUGACCACCAUCCAAUCCACCAACGCCCACCUAAUCACUAAUCCUGCUCACACCCACUUUGCGCAGCAACCACCUUCGGCCAUUCCUCCACACCUCGCUUCGAAUACCAACAACAACCCUCACAACGACAAUGCCUCCAUCCUGACUCUGGCCUCUUCCUCCAAGCGCCGUCGUCGUUCCAUGGACACGGAUGCCUCUGUUCGCGCUAUCGCUCCCAAGAGCAUGUGGGGUGAUAGCAGAGAGUCUCUGCCUUUGAGUGUUCUGAGUGCCAACAUAGAUCACUCUUCCACUCGUCAUGCCGUUGGUGGCCUCAUUAGUGCCGAGCGCGCCAGCAUCUACUCGUCGCGUGAUGUGUCAGCUCCUGCCAUCGCUUCCGAUCGCAACAGCUACUAUGCAGCAAGCCACAGACAAGUCAAAGACAGAGAGCGAGACAAGGAAGCUCAUCGCGAUCGUGAUUUUCCAGCUGAUGGCAAGAGCAUCAACUAUGAUGCCAAAUCACUCAACUUUGAUGGCAGAAGUUUAGGUGGUGACGUCGCCAGUCUGAGAGGCUAUGAAGGCAGCGUACGCAGUGGUGCUCUCGGCCACGGCCGCAAUGAUAGUAUUCCUAGUGGUGCACCAAGCCCCAUGGUCGGUGGCUCCCCUCUGCUCAGAAGACCCUCGGGUGCCCUGACCUUCAGCUCUGACGUUCGUGACAAGGAGGACCACGAGCCUGUGGACCACAAGGCCCAUGUUUGA